GUAUUACGCAUAGGGCGUGGAUAGGGCGGGUCGCGCGCAUGCGCCGGGAGCGGCGGCGGGUGCUGCGGAGCCGAGGCUGCCGGGGCUGCGGGCGCCAUGUCGGGCCGCUCGGUGCGAGCCGAGACCCGCAGCCGCGCCAAGGAUGACAUCAAAAAAGUGAUGGCGGCCAUCGAGCGCGUCCGCAAAUGGGAGAAGAAGUGGGUGACAGUUGGAGACACUUCUCUCCGGAUAUUCAAGUGGGUGCCUGUAGCAGACAGUAAGGAGAAAGAGAAAUCCAAAUCAAGUAGCAACGCGGCACGUGAAUCCAAUGGCUUCCCAGCUGACACCUCUGCCAACUCCUCCCUCCUCCUGGAGUUUCAGGAUGAGAACAGUAAUCAGAGCUCCCUAUCAGAUGUUUAUCAGCUCAAGGUUGACAGUAGCCCAAACUCAAGCCCUAGCCCCCAGCAGAGUGAAUCAAUGAGUCCUGCGCAAACGUCUGACUUCCGCACAGAUGAUUCGCAGCCACCUACACUGGGGCAGGAGACCCUGGAAGAGCCUUCUCUGCCUCCUUCAGAAGUUGCAGAUGAACCUCCCACUCUCACGAAGGAAGAGCCUGUACCUCUUGAGACUCAGGUAACUGAAGAGGAAGAAGAUUCUGGCGCACCGCCUCUGAAGAGAUUUUGUGCCGAUCAGAACUCUGUGUGCCAUACAGCCUCAGAGAGCUAGCCUGCCCUUCCCUGGAGAUGGGGCGCCUCCCGCCAGCCCCCUGCAAAGCCAGUCUGCCCUUCCCCUGGGGAUGGGGCACCUCCUGUCAGCACCCUGCAGAGCCAGUCUGCCCUUCCCCAGGGAACUGGGCGUCUCCCACCACCUCCUCCCAGAGCCAGCCUGCUGUUCCCCUGGGAAAAGGGGCUUUAGGGCAUCUCCUGCCAUCAUUACCUGCAAAUUUGACUCUAUUUAUUGGCUCCCUCUUUUCCUGCUGAACUGUACCAUAGUGGCAUAGGGGCUCUGGCGUGUUGCUUGCAUGGGUAAGGGGAAGAGUCCUCUGGGCUUCCUGCUCUGGGUGGCCUUUGAGGACCUGGCAGAUGUGGUUUGCCUGCUUUCAGAUCCCUCAUAUACCCCCUUCCCCCUCCACUUGCUGGGAAUGGAAGAGUCUUGUUCCUCCUGCACUAUGGUUUCUGCUCCCUCUUGUUGACCAUAUCCUGAAUCUUGUGGUAAACAAGCCUCACAGAGGGCAAUGGGGAGCUCGGGGAACAGUCAAGGCAUGGGGCCUUCGAGCUGUGGGGAUACUGACAAAGGCCUUCCAUACCACAGGGCAGGGAUCCCAAGCUGGGACACUGUGCAAUAAGCUGUUAGUUUAAGCCAUUAGUAUUGGAGGAAACAGGAGCUCUCCCACUGUGUCAGGAAGGCAAAGAAGUGCACCAGGGCACAGCCCUUUUGCAGCUAGGCACUAUGGAGGUGCUGUGGGCUACCCCCCUCGGGGGGCCGUGAAAGGGAGCAAGCUCUUGGUACAGAGCCCAACUUAGCACCGAAGUCAGGGAAUAUUCAAGCAGGUCUCUGGCUGACUGUGCCCUGCUAUCCAUCUAGCUGCACCUGGCAUGGACUCUCUGCCUAAUGUGAAUGCCCAUGGAAGAGGUUGGCACAGAGCAGAGGUAACUGCCUUCCUUAGCCUGGGGGUGGAGAGCUCCUGCAGUGAAGCUAGGUACAAUUCUGAUCCCUGAAUAGAGAAGGAUACAGGUAGGAUACAGGGUUCCUCACCCCCCCUCUCACCCCAGGGCUCCUUGUCCUCACUCAGCACUGUUGAGGGACCCGUUUCCUAGCACACCCUUGCACCCUCUGCGUUGGCACCCAUGAUCUUUCAGCACAUCUUCCCCGCCCCGUCUCUUGGUGAGAGAUGCCCCUGGCUUGUUGACCAUGGAGCUCUUGUCCCUUUCCUCCAACUUCAUGGACCUGUUUCCUCUUUGUUGCGAUCUGCAUGUCAAAUUGAGUCUGUGAUUGAGUCUCUGUUGAAGUCGAAGGCAUCGGCUGCGCGUGGAAGUGGAGAGAUAUUUUAGCACUGAAUAGAAUAUUUUUAAAAUUAAACUAUUUGAAAUACA